AUGUCAAAAGUUCCUAGAAGUUUUAGAUUGUUGGAAGAAUUAGAGAAAGGUGAAAAGGGUUCAGGUCCAGAUUACUGCUCAUACGGGUUGGUUGACUCAGGCGAUAGCUCUUUAACACAUUGGAAUGGUACAAUUCUAGGUCCUCCUCAUAGUAACCAUGAAAACAGGAUCUAUACAUUGAGCAUUACCUGUGGUGAUAACUAUCCAGAGGAAGCCCCAUUGGUUAAAUUCAUUUCAAAAGUUAAUUUACCUUCAGUUGAUCAAAGCACAGGUACUGUUGAUCCUGCUAAAUUCCCAGUAUUGGGUAAUUGGAAAAGAAGCUUCACUAUUGAACAUAUUUUGGUUGAAUUAAGAAGAGAUAUGGCUAGUGCAGCAAACAAGAAGUUGACCCAACCUCCUGAAGGUUCAUCAUAUUGA